AUGGACUUUGAGAAUAUUGUGUGUGCAAUUGAGAAAUCUAAGGACUUGACCAUGCUCUCGGUUGAAGAGCUUGAUGGGUCCUUAAAGGCAUACGAACAAUGGAGGAGAGCAAUGUUUGAGCAACUUGAUCAGUUCUCUGGAGCCAUUGGACAAGAACUAUUCUUCUGCUUAUUUCUUUUUCCCAGUUUUGUUGUUCAGUUACAACACAAGACGAGGAAGGCUCUGAAAGUGAAGAACUAUCGAGGGGAUACAGCUCUGCAUGUUGCUGCUUCCAGGGGUUUCACAAAGAUAUGUGAGUUCAUCGUAGGAGAGAAUCGGGAGAGGACUUACUUAGUCAAACUCAAGAACAAAGAAGGAGAGACUCCUCUCUUUCAAGCCGCUCUCAACGGGAAGAAACAGGCCUUUGCUUAUCUUUCUAACCUUUUUGGCCACAGAGCUCCCUUGCCAGAUCUUGUGCGACGCAACGGUGACAGUAUUCUUCACUGUGCUAUCAGGAAUGAAUAUUUCGAUUUGGCAGUCAUAAUAUUGCAUUAUUAUGAUUUCCUUGGCGUACUUAUGAAUAAAGAUGGAGAGCUUCCCCUCAAAGUCCUUGCCACUAAGCCUUCCGCCUUCCACAGUUCAACCUAUCUUUCAUUGUUGAGGCGAGUCCAGUACCUACGUGUACACGUGGAACCCUUUGAGCCUGAAAGGGAAAUGCGAGCGAUUUUAAGAGAGAUGGAACCUCAGAAGCUUCUGAAUGAAAAUUGUCCACGGAACUACGCCGUGUUGACUUCAGCCUUUACUAGUUUAUUCGGUUUCUUCGGUUUAUCCAGAAAACUGCUUUUUAAUAGGGAAAGACGUGACCCAGAAAACAACCCGAUAGACUUAAUACCGAUUAGCCAUAGCUGGGGUGAGGAAAGGCGUUUCCCCCCAAACUAUAAAACUAUUCUUCAGUUUGUCCAAUAUGUAUAUGCUAUUAUUUCAGCAGCUAUUGGAGGGAUAAAUGAACUAAAAGAGAUAAAAAAGAAGCACCAAUUGGGUCCAAGACUCUUGAAGGAACUAUUGAGAAGAACUUAUGAAGCAACCACGGGAAGAGGGGUUGUACCCUCUGAUAUUGCAAUUGAUAUAGAUAUGUAUAAUGUUUAUAGCCAGUGGAUGCAAGGGGAGAAGAAACCAGUCAAUCGAGGUGGUUGGAAAGAAGAGGAAGAAGAGGAAGAAGAGGAAGAAGAGGAAGACAAGCGAUUGGCAAAGAAAAGACAAGACGGAUAA